AUGGCUGUAUGUGAAAGCUAUAACGCAGCAGACUUACUAGACUUUAAGUUAGACGACCUAGAAGAGAAUUUACGAGAGAUCGACACGCCUUUCCAGGCAGGUUUCGACGAUUUUCCGGCCGGUUUCGACAAUUUUCCGGAGAUUUUCGAAGGUUUUACGGGCAGUCAGCUAUGCGUUCCAGAGGAUGAUGUAGAGAAUUUAGACUGGUUCCCGAAUUUUACUGAGGAUUCCAUUUCGUUAAGUGAUGUUUUGACGGCUUCGGAGAAUAGUAGUAUUUCUCCGACGACCCCAGAACGGGAAACUGAGAAUGGAAAGAGUUAUUCGUCUGUGGAUGUAUGUGGGUUGUUGAGGCAGACGAUACCCAGCAAAAGGCCCAGGACUAAGAGAGUGGGCGGACGCGUUUGGUCGGGAAAUGUCAUGCGGUUUUCUUUGCCGGAAAGUCAGGUUCCGGCGAAGGCUAAGAGGGGGAAAUAUAAUAUAAUGGGAAGAAGAUGUACACACUGUGACGCGGAGAAGACACCGCAAUGGAGGAUGGGGCCAAUGGGACCGAAGACCUUGUGCAAUGCUUGUGGGGUUCGUUACAAGUCAGGGAGGUUGAUGCCGGAAUAUCGGCCGGCGGCGAGUCCCAGUUUCAAUAGUUUGCUGCAUUCGAAUAGUCACAAAAAAAUAAUGAAAAUGAGGAAAGGAGAGUGA